AAUAAAUUAUAGUUAUCAUAAUAGAUGAUGAUGUAGACAGUACAAGGUGCAGAUUAAGAACAUAAAGAUGGUUAAGGAAUUGAAAUGGCUUUUACACGAUGUCUACCGUUAAUCAACGGGCAUAACCAUGGGCCCUGAAGCAAGGUUUGGCUUUCUCAUCUCUGUCUUUCAGGACAAUGUCAUCUUCUAUUUCUAGAGGCCUCUUCACACUAGUUGGCUUGUGCGUCCUUCUUCCUGGCUCCCAGGCUGAAGCUCCUGAAGAAAUAAAUGUACUUCAUCGUGAUCAUGAACACCAUAAAUACAUGGUCUGCAAUAAUAUUCUCUACAGUGCUAUUGACUUGGCCUUUAACUUGUACCAAGAGCCAGCCAGUUGGUUAAAAACUUCCAAUGUCUUAUUGUCCCCAAUGAGCAUUGUGGCUGCUAUUGCCAUGCUCUCUCUGGGGACAAAGGGGGAUACUCACAUGGAGAUCCUGGAGGGCCUGAAGUUCAACCUCAGAGAGAUGCCUGAAGAGCACAUUCACCAGUGCUUCCAGUUUCUCCUCCACAUCCUCCAGACUCCAGAACACCAGCUCCAGCUGACCAUAGGCAGCGGCCUGUUUGUCAGUGACAGUGUGAUGAUCCUGAAACAGUUUUUGCAGGAUGUCAAGAAGUUGUACCACUCAGAAGUCAUCUCCAUCAGCUUUGGGAACUUGAUACUCGCCGGCGAACAGAUCAGCUCUUAUGUGGAGAAGGAGAGCCAUGGAGAAAUAGUGGACCUGAUCACAGACCUAGAGGAAGACACAGAGCUCAUUCUGGUGAAUUAUAUUUCCUUCCAUGGAAAAUGGACUGUUCAGUUCCCAGCUGAACAUACUGCGGAAGAAGACUUCUACAUAGAUAAGGACACAGUCAUCAGGGUGCCCAUGAUCAAUCGCCUCGAUGUAUUCUUACUGGGCCGGGAUGAGGAGCUGUCUAGCUGGGUGCUGGUCCAGCAUGCUGUAGGUGACGUCAUGGCCUUCUUCAUCCUGCCCGACCCAGGGAAGAUGCAGGAACUAGAGAAAGGCCUAACACAGGAACACUUAGAUAAAAUCCUCGGAACCAUAAGUGAAAGGUCUGCCAGGAUACACUUUCCCCGACUGACCAUUUCUGCAACCUACGACCUGAGGAGCAUUCUGAGCACACUGGGCAUCACCAAGAUCUUCAGCAAUGAAGCUGACCUCUCAGGGGUCACGGAGGUGGCAUCCAUCAAGCUCUCUGCGGCUGUGCAUAAGGCAAUGCUUACCAUUGAUGACAAAAGGAUAGAGGCCGAGUGGGCCACUGACUUGGAUGACAGUGCCUGGGCAAAGGCCCUCACCGUCAAGUUCAACAGGCCCUUCCUCCUCUUCAUCCAGGAGGAAAACACCAACAUGCUGCUCUUCAUGGGGAAAGUGCUGAAUCCCAAACAGCACUGACCGCUUCAGCGCUUCCCUGACCAGGUCUCCUUCCCGGGUGACAUUAAAGAGAUGCUGAUC